UCGGGUUUGUAGGAACAGGUUACAGGCGGAACCCACGGCCUUGGGUCCGCGCUUCAUGUGGACUCGUCCGUUGAGGCGCCAUUCGGCCAGCAGACGACCGACCAGACGACAGUCGACGACCGUCAGUUUGGUUGAAGUCUUCAAGAGAAGUAUUUGUAAGUUGAGUCGCCCACUCGCUGUUGACAGUUGUAAGGACCCUAAGGCCUCGGCGACACAAGUAAACCAAUCUUCACCAUGAAGACCACAACCUCCGGACUGAAGAUCGUGAUUCUUGGCGCUUCGAAAGUCGGAAAAUCAGCUGUUGCGGUCCGGUUCUUGACGAAGCGCUUCAUCGGAGAAUAUUGUUCUGGCUUCAGAUUGUUCCUAUCAGAUGAUGUUCAGAUACGAAGAUGCUGCGGUGAAAGUGGAAAUUCUAGAUUGUUCACCGGGAUUGGAUUCCAGCAACUGUCGGCAUCUGGAGGUGGCUGACGCCUUAGUGAUCGUCUACAGCAUCGUGGACCGCGACUCCUUGAAGGCCGCAAAGACGGUCUUGGAGCACCUGAACAAGCGCGUGCACGGCGCCAUCCCUGUUCUGCUGCUGGGCAACAAAACGGACCUGGAGCAC